ACUUGCUGCCCUUACUUAACAUGUCUGCACGGCCGCUGACAAGAACCGCAAUCUUGUUUAAAAGCCGAGGGGGGGGGGGGGGGCUGGCAUAAAAUGGCCGCCGAGAGCAGAAGGUGGCGCUCUAGCGCUGCGUCUCUAUGACUACGAACACGCCGGCGGAGUUUAGGCUAGUUGAGUUGGGGGGGCUAGGAAGGAGCGGGCCUGUUCGAGUCCAACCGUGGCAGCGAGCGACAGUGACAGAGCCCGUGGGGCCGCCCCCUGGACUACCUCUCCCUCCCUUCCCUCUCUCUGGUCUAAGCAGCACUGGCUGGAAUUGCCCUGUCUCUUUAGGGGGCUGCUGGUCCGCUGACCCAUCCCCUCCUCUCCUCCUGUUUCCCUACUUCUUCGCUCUCUUGCUCUUUUCCUCUAGCCAGGCGGUCACUCACUCACUCACCCUCACCCCUGUUCCUUCCUCUUCGUAUUCCGCCACCCCCUCCUGUUGCUCCUGUAUCCAUCUCCUACUUUCCUUCCUCUCUGCUGUUCCUUUUUUAAUUUAGAACAUCGCGUGCACCCCCUCGUUGUCUCUCCUUUAAGCCUCCCCAGGCCUCACAGUUUUUUCACUUGCAUACUUAGCCAUUUGUGUUUGAUCCUAGUUGCAAGGAAGAAGAGAGAGAGCCCAUCAGUACUCUCCCCUCCCUUAUCAUAUCCCAACCUUGGGAGUCCCCCCCUCCUGUGUUUUUCAUGCGCCCUUUUAUUAUCUGAGCAAUCCCGUCCAGUCUGCUUGACUCCUAAUCGCCUUUUCCGCAUCCUUCCCCACUCCUAGUGAAACUCGCCUCCUGUUUCUCGCUUUCGUUUCUCCUCUGAUCCCUUCGUCCCCAGAGGGUGUCAUUCCCUCCCUUGCUUCCUCUGCCCUUCAUAGUGUUAUCCUCCCUGUCUCCUGCGCUCCACCAACCCAUCUCUCUAGUGCUGAUUCUGUGUCCUCAGAAGCUGUGGAGCCCUCCCUCUUGUCUGAAGAAGUCCUCUCUUUGAAUCAGUCUCCUCCUUUCGUGUAUGUAAACAAGUUUCAUUGCUCCCGCUUUGUUCCUUGUGCCCCUCCUUCUCCAUUGUACUUUUGUCUAACACAAUUUUUAUAAACUUCUAGAUUUCCUGUUUUCCCUCCUCCUACUUACUUUGCUUUUGUCCCACCCAAUUAUCACAGAGCUAAUUGCUUUUUAGGCUUUUGACCUCUUUAGACAAACCUCCGAAUCUUCUUUCCCACAGGUGGCUUUUUCAGGGGGCAUAUGAAGCACCACCUCUGAGCUAACACUGGUGCUCCCAGCUUCUAUUUUAAAAGACCUUUCUUUGUUGUUGCCAUAACAGUUGGGUUGAGGAAGAUCUUCCUGUGUUAAAUUCCUUUCUCCCCUCCCCAUCCCUGAGUGGGUCCAGUAGCUUGAGAGACUGAAGAGAAGGAUGCCAAGGAAACUGCUGUUACCUUAUAAAUCUGUGUUUUCUCACUCUCGAGUUCCAAGGGGGUUGCAUGAUUCCUUGGCGAUGAAUGCAGCCAGAAGUGGCUACCGAGUCUUCUCGGCAAAUUCUACAGCAGCAUGCACGGAACUGGCAAAGAAAAUCACUGAGCGUCUUGGUGCUGAGCUGGGAAAAUCUGUGGUGUAUCAAGAAACCAAUGGAGAAACAAGGGUUGAAAUAAAAGAAUCUGUUCGAGGCCAGGAUGUUUUCAUCAUUCAGACCAUCCCAAGAGAUGUGAACACUGCCGUGAUGGAACUCCUGAUCAUGGCAUAUGCACUGAAGACAUCCUGUGCCAAAAAUAUCAUCGGGGUCAUUCCCUACUUCCCCUACAGCAAGCAAAGCAAAAUGAGGAAGAGAGGCUCAAUAGUCUGUAAACUCCUUGCGUCCAUGUUGGCCAGAGCAGGUUUAACUCACAUCAUCACUAUGGAUCUUCAUCAAAAAGAAAUCCAGGGCUUUUUCAGCUUUCCUGUUGAUAAUUUGAGGGCAUCACCUUUCUUGCUUCAGUAUAUACAGGAAGAGAUUCCUGAUUACAGAAAUGCAGUAAUUGUAGCCAAGUCUCCUGAUGCUGCUAAGAGGGCCCAGUCUUACGCUGAACGGCUGCGGCUAGGACUGGCCGUCAUCCACGGGGAAGCUCAGUGCACUGAACAAGACAUGGAUGAUGGACGUCAUUCUCCCCCAACAGUAAAGAACCCCACACUGCACACUGGCUUGGAGCUGCCAUUGAUGAUGGCCAAAGAGAAACCACCAAUAACAGUAGUUGGAGACGUCGGAGGUAGAAUUGCCAUAAUUGUGGAUGACAUCAUUGACGAUGUGGAAAGCUUUGUGGCAGCUGCAGAGAUUCUGAAAGAGCGUGGGGCUUACAAGAUUUUUAUCAUGGCUACUCACGGGCUCCUGUCAGCAGAUGCUCCACGCCUAAUUGAGGAGUCCUCCAUUGACGAGGUUGUGGUCACCAAUACAGUUCCUCACGAAGUACAGAAACUGCAGUGUCCCAAGAUAAAGACUGUAGAUAUCAGCUUGAUCCUGUCUGAAGCCAUCCGUCGGAUCCACAAUGGGGAAUCUAUGGCUUACCUAUUCCGCAACAUCACUGUUGAUGAUUAGAUUUUUUUCUUCUUCUCACUCCUCCUGUCUGGUUUCCUUAAAUAGAAGGGAGAAUGGAAAUGUGCAUGAAACAGCAGUGCCAUAAAGUUGACAGUAUACAAUUUUAGAGGUCUUAUAAGGGGGUUGGGUGUUAAGAGACUGUCGUCAUGAGCCCAGAGCAACUAUUAAGAGUUUCACUGAUCCAGCAGCCUCUUUUUGGAGGCUGAACUAGAUCUGGAUGCAUCAGGCUUUGAAGUCUAUUUAAAAUUGCUUUGAAAGAGACUAGUGGUGCCUCUUGAUUGUAUCAUUAGAGGGAAAUUGGGAGUGAACUUGAUGGCUUGCUGAGAUUUGGCUUCCCCUGCAAAUUCUCUAAGAACAAGCGCUGUCAAGCAACUUGGUGGGUAGCAGGUUUCUUUUCGUACCUCUAGUGCCAGCAAAAGGCCCCUCUUGUCAACCUGGGAUCCUUUUAUAAUCUAAUGAAUGCAGCAGAGCUUCCUUUUGUGAAAAUCAUCUACAAUUUAGAUUCAUUUCAUGGCAGCUUAGGCAAUGUCAUCAGCAAUAACGUAGCAUGAUGCUAAGUGACUCCAAGGUGGUGGUAGAAAAUAGAAUGUACCUUCUGUCAUUUUGUGGAACCCUUGGUUCUAAUCCCUCCUAGCUGGCAAGCACCUAUUUACCUACCGUUUGCAGGUAAACUGUGAACGAUGAAGUUCAGAUUGACAAGGUCUGUUUCAGAUGGUUUGCUGCAUUCAGGGUUGAAAUGUGCCGGCCAAAAAGUAUAGAGACAGCCAUGUUAUACAAAACUGUAUCUAAUGCUUCCGCUGCUGAAGAAUUAACCUAGAGAAAGUACUUUUGGGAAUCAGUUAAAUGAUAAGAGAUUGUGUUAUACUGCUGUGUUAACACAGAGGUAUUUACUUGUCUUAUUCAGUCUGCUUCCUAAUGCAAUGGCUCUUAACAUGCUAUCAGAAAGGCUACAGAAAUUCAUGUCUCUCUGGAAAUCUCCAUUAGAUUAUAGCUUCUGGCUUGGAAGGGUAACUACUUACCCCCUUGUGUUUUCAAUACCUUCUGGAAUGCCAGGGUCCCACAAAUAAGGUUCCAGCAGAGCACUUAGCAGAUUUCCUCCGUGUUUGGCAAUCAUUCAUUUCAUUCCCAUUCAAAGCAAAAUGCAAUUAUCAUGGAUCAUCAGGAUUUCUAGUCAUUUGUAAAACUACCAGGCAGUGAAAGUGUUUGACAGGUUCAGAUACCCUGCACAAAUUCUUUUAAAUCCCCAGACCCUUUGGCUGACCGCUUUUUAUCAUCAACAUUGUUCACAAAGCCACCUGACAGAAAGUCCAUUCUACUUUAUCAUUCUGUGAAAAUCAAAAAUGGUAAUUGUUGCCCGUCUGCGUCUACUACAGGCCUAAGGCCAGUGGAUGCAAAGAUGGCAGAGCUUUCCUCGCCGACCUAAGUGGUAACAGCCAUUUGAAGGUAGAACUGGUUGACUGAGGCAAGAUAAAGCAAAGGGGAUGCUGCUGCUGCUGCUGCUGCUGCUGCUGCCCAUUGUACCGGUCUGUCAAAUCCCAUUGAGAGGUGUAACCCAGUCCAACUUGCUCAGUUCCUUUUCUCUGCAGUGGUUUUGACUUGUUGAGCCCUGUCUCCUCAAACACUGCUGCUGCCUUUAGAGAGAGCUCAAAGUCCAGACUCAGAAAACCAAGCAUCUCCAUGAAAUCCUUUUAUGAUCACCGAUGCUUCCCUGUGAUUGUGCUGCUGUGACCAAACUGUACGUGAUGGAAUUCCUCCUUUAUAGAGUUGCACUGAAGGGCCAAAGGCAGAUGUGGGGUGUCCCAGAUCUACUAAACAGAUGUUUCUCUGGCCAUAGGUCUUCCAGUGUUCAGAGUUCCUUGCCUGGAUCACUCCCCUUAUUGUAACAAGUUUGCAGCUCCUUAAUUGCCUUCAAGAAGUUUUCCUGCAGCCACCUUUCUUUUUGGUUUCUCUGUUCCAUUAGAUUUUGCUUUUCUGUCAUACUGGUCUUCUUUCAGCCAAUCCAGGCCGGGCUUGUUGCCCCUUUCAGUUUCCCAAUGAGAGUGGCUUUGAUCAAUAACAGCAAAUGUCUAAAAGAGGUGCAUGAAUCAUGCAUGCUCCUUUUGCAACAUAUUUUGAUGGAAAGAUUGGGCUGCUGUGAGGAUCCCAGAUGCCCGCUGCAGUUGUGGACUCUGCCUUGAAGCAUGGAGAGAAAAUAUGCAGUUUGCUCCUGCAUCUUCUUUUUAGUACUUGUUGCCAGUUCCUGUUUUCAUACUUGCCCUUAUAGGUCUUCCUGUUGUUAGCUCCUGUGUCUUACUGACAUUGGACUAUUGACAUAUGUUGUUCCAAAUUAAAAUUAAAUUUUAUUCUGUUCUGAUUGAAUGUUUACACUUCAAAUUGUUAUCAUCGUUGAGCAUUCAGUAUGGGAGACCAUAAGGAAAAACUUCAGUAUCUCUGCAGCUAAAACAUUACUAAGGAUCCCAUAAUAUCACUCCAGCUCGGUUACUGUCAGAGGCUUCACUGUCACAGAGUGUUGUAGCAUUGGCUAUGGGAUCUUGAAAAUACUCCUGAGAACUGCAUUGAAAGGAAGUGGAAGAAAAAUAAUUCAGUCCUAGGUGCAUGACUAGGAAGUAUGUUUGGUUUACCUCUACAGAAACAGUUUCAUUCUGAGAUCGCAGCAGAGCUAUGAUGGUGGUGGAAUACUAAAACUGUAGUGGUACACCGGCUUUGCCGUUUGUUAUUCUGAAACUAGCAGGUAGGCUUUUAAGUGCCUUGAAUGUGGACAGAACUCUAAUCCACAUUGGUCAUUGUUAAGAGUAGAGCCAGACAUACUGUUUCUUUGCAGCUGUUAACUGGGAACAGUUUGUGGGGGGUGGUAGCUCUCUGCCUGCCUGAACUAUAUAAUGUUCAAAACAUGGAAGAGGACUUUGAGAGGAUAACAAAGAUAACGACUUUCUCCAUUUAUCAUUGGAAUGAGGAAGUUGUUCUUCAACUUCAGCCAGCAUACUUUCUUUCCGCUUAAGCACAUUUAAAUAUUUUUGAUCAUAUUAAAGGACAAACAAGACGACUGUAGUUCUGGGAAAUGCCUUCUCUAUUCAGACAAGGUUCUCCAGUUUAUCUGCGUGAGAAUAUAUUGUGAUUUAACUACUUUUCUGCCUCCAGCUAUAUAAGCCUGGACACAAGAACUCCUUCAAUGAAGAAGGCCUUAUUUACAGUAUGAAGUCUUCCCAAAUGAUUUUCAACGUAAGCAAUACCUUGGGAUAGUAGUUUUAUUGUAAAUGCAGAAUAUUGGAGAGGCCAUCACACUGAUUUUUAUCAUCUUGGCUUGGAAGCUGCUAGUGUUAGUAGCAGAAUGUAAUUUAAAAGUAGCAGAUUCUCCUGAAGUGUGGGCGAAGUUCCAAAUGUGAUGUCAGCAUUGUUCUCAAGCAGUUCUGUGUUUGUGCAGCACGUUGGUUCCCAGUCGUACAGGGAUCAAAACUGUCCAUCUUUAUGUUAGAGGGUAAUUUUUUAAUGUGUAUAUGUUCAUUGUCGUCCUAUUAGCUGAGAAGUAAAAAGGACUUCCAUCUGCAGUCAAAACAGCGUAGGAUCUGGAUUUGUAAAGACUAGGAUUGCUGCAAGGAUCAAAGCAACAUGGAAAGUGUCCAGGUGAUUUUUGACACACCUAGUUCUUUUUUUAACAAAUGGCUUUCUUCUUGGAAUCACCUUGCCUUCAAGGGAUUUCUGAACAGCACAGAAAAACAGCAGAAUGCCCUGUUACACCAUUAUCUAAGCUGCAGGCAAGGAAUGGCAGGUUUACUAUUAAAACAGCAAUACGAUGGUGUGAUUCUUUGUGGGUAUCAUGAGGAAAUGUUUUCUUGUCUUUAUUUAAAGUAGGUUUGUUCCUGUUAAUAACCAUCUGCCCAAGAAUAUGUUUUACUAUUGCUUUGAAAACUUAGCUAUGCGUGGAUAUUUUUCCUUUCCCCCUGUUUCUCCUCAACUCCCAUUUUGCUGUGUUUUGCUGCACUUCAUAUCUACCUCUUUGUCAAGAUACCAGGGUAGUACAGGAAAUCCUUGGAUUCAUUCAGCUGCUGUCAUUUUCUAAUUGGACAUGCUUUUAUGCUAAAGCUGGGGGGGGAGGGGUGGUGUUCAAUUGCUCUUUUGCCUUGGUACCUUGGAAAGCCAAAGUCACUUUGCCCUACCAGAUGAAUACUUCAAGAGCAUAACAAUGCAGAGUAUAACCCAAGGUCAUAAAAUGGGUAAAAGAACAGCACUAGAUAAAUAACUCUGAAAUCAGGAGAUGUUUAGCAGCCUUUCUGCAGGAUCAGGCGAAGCAGGCCGUCUUCUGCAGGGGUUUUUCUUUGCAACUUCGCAUAUUAUUGUAUUGAACUAUGAUUUUUGUGACGGUAACAGCACCCAGUCUGCAUUUGAUAGGUAGGGUGAAUAACCUUGUGAGCUGCUGCUCUGUUUGAAGAAGAAAUCCUGGCUGUAUGCAUACAUUAGCAUUAUUCUUUAAAAACAACAACUAAAGACCAGCAAAAUUAUGAGAUAAAAGGAGUAAUUAUUCUGCUCUUUGCUUUUUUGGUGGUGGGGGGGGGGAGUGUCUGCCAAGUACUCCAGAAGCAGAUACUGUACACUAGAGCACAAUUCUGGAGAAUGUUCAUAAAUGUUUACGGCAACAAGAAAUUAAAGGGGGUUCACAAAAUUGGAUGAGCACAGGGGAACUGUGGCAUCAAACGGAACCUUAGGUGCCUGUUAACAAUUUCUCCGUGCUCUGCUACAGUGAAAUAGCAGUGGAUGCUGUACUUAAAUGCCAACUAUCAUUUUCUAAAGCAUGAAAUGCUGAAUUAGGAGAGCCUCAAAAUAUAUUAUCCCCUAUGAUAUAAGUGCAACCUUGAUGUGAACUGUGCAUUAGAAAUGGGUAAUGGGCACAUUUGCACUGUACUUCAAAGAUAUUAAAAUCUAUGGGAAUGUUGCCAGUAGUUGUAAGUUGUAUUUUUAUGCCCCUUCCCCGAGAAGCCCAAAUUGUGCAAAAGGGCCUUUUCAUUUACUUCAGGAAAAAAGGAAGUUGAGCUUAGUCACCAUUUGUAUUGUCCCAGAUGUCCCAGCCAAUUCUUGAGGCUUAAUUAGAACCUGAUUUACAAUAUGAGAAAAAAUGGGGAGGUGAUACUAUCUUUACUCAGAGUCUUCAAAAAGUACCAGCCAGUGUUUCUUUUAUGCAUGCAAGGAAGGUUGAUGUCUUCCAGCUCCAGUUUCCAUGACAUCUCAAAGGGGUAUGUGUGAAGAUUUCAUCAUAAUGUACAUAUAUAUACACUUUUAAUCUUCCAAUCCAGUGUGAAGGAAGCUAUACAACUUAGCCAUCCACCAUUCAUUAUGACUGCUUCUAGAGACUGUUCUCAACUGCUAAGAUUACCACUAGGAAUAUAAAAUGUUUGUAGAACAACAGAGUGACUAAUAAAUAUGCAAAUAAA